CCGAAUGCCCUCGACCAUUGGCCCAACGACUCCAGACCGUCGGAUCGGUACGCACGCUAAGGGAGCUUCACAUUUCAUUGACCGCUAUAGAUGCACGUUGCUCGGUCCGCCGCUUGCCUAGCGCAUCCGCGGGCGCGGGGAACACGCGAUGCGACGGUUGGUUGCUUCAUGGAUGCGCGACAUCCCCGCGACCUGCGCCUUCAUCAGCUGACCACCAAGACACCAUUAUUGCAAAAGACGACGCCACUGCCGCGUUUCUGCACAGAGCUCCGUCAUUCGGACUCGCAUGAUCAUCACUUAUCCCGUUUUCCAUGCCCUCAUCGGGUGUCACUCAGUUGAUCACCACGACACAACCACUUCUUCGCCCAGCCUUCGUUCAGCGACAAGCAUUGAGCCAUGUCGGAUCAGCAAAAACACGAGGCCCUUCAGCCUAUUCACCCGUCCAUGGCUGGAAAGCUCGACCCGGUGUUCGAGAAACUGUACAACGACAAUGUCGCCAACACGCCGCUGAAACCGAUCGACCUGGAUGUUCUCAGAACAAAGUACUCAGUCCUUUACUCGUACGGCACUGGGCCCGCACCCGACGUGGGACGCAUAUAUGACUCGGAAAUCACCACGCACGAGGGCGUCGCACUGCAAUUGCGAGUGUACGAGCCUGAGGGUUCCGGGCCUUGGCCUGCUCAUCUGGACUUUCACGGGGGUGGCUGGGGACUGGGGGAUCUCGAUACCGAAAGUCACAUCUGCAAACAUAUCUGCAAAAAGGCAAAUGUGAUUGUGGUGGACGUGGCAUAUCGUUUAGUCCCUGAAAAUGCCUUUCCAUGCGGCAUCACCGACAGCUUUGCUGCACUCAAGUACAUCUUCGAAAAAGGCGCCCAAGAAUUCAACAUCCUGACGGACAAACUAUCGGUGGGCGGCGUGUCGGCAGGCGGAUUCAUCAGUCUCGCAUUGGGGCAUUUAGCACGCGAUGCUGGCAUACCUCUUCGCUUGAUAGCCGUGGGCACGCCGGUCAUUGACGACAUCAGCCAGUAUCAGACGGCGGCAGAUUCUCCCUUUGCGUCGAUGCAGCGCAACGAGCAUGCGCCGACACUCAAUUGGGGUCGUCUAGUGUGGUUCGACAGACUAAAAUGGAGCUCGCUCGGCUCAACCCCCGAAGAGAUUGCAGAGAAGCGAAAGAAGAUACCUGGUCUCUUUGCCAACCUCCUCGUGGCCGACAACUUCGCCGACAUGGCUCCGACUGUGAUAUUCACGGCCGGUGCGGACCCUCUUUGCGACGAAGGGGAGGCCUACGGGAGAAAUCUGAUCGAGAAUGGGGUGCAGGUCACCAUGAAGAGGUUCCCUGGUGUGCCUCACCCUUUUAUGCAUAUGGACAAGGACUUGUGGCAGGCCAGUGAAUUCAUAGACCACACAGCAAGGGCCAUCGGCCACGCUCUCCAUGAUAGCUAAAGUCUAUACACAGAGUUCCUUGGGUAGUUGUGUAGAUUGUAUGGUAUCAACCCCACAAGCGCACCAACUGACAA